CAGGCCGCUCGCCGCCGCGUCUCCACGCCACCCCAGUCCGUUCCGGCCAUGGCCGCCAUCGUCGAGAACGUCAUGGGCUGGCGCCCCGGCGGUGUAAAUUCCGUGGCAAGUGCCACCUCCCUCACCCCCGCCGUUGACUACGACGGCGAGGACCGCAUCAGCGCCCUCCCCGACGACCUCCUCCGCAGCAUCGUCUCACGCCUCCCCGUCAAGGACGCCGCCCGCACCGCCUCCCUCGCCUCCCGCUGGCGCCACCUCUGGCGCUCCACCCCGCUCUCCCUCAACGACGCCGACCUGCCCCGAUCCGUCGUUGCCCGCGUCCUUGCCGACCACCCGGGGCCCUUCCGCGCCAUCCACAUCACCCGCUGCCGGUUCGCGUCCCACGAGCCUGAGAUCGCAGAGUGGCCGCGCCUCUUCGCUGCCAAUGGCAUCCAGGACCUUGUCCUCGUCAACGACGCCGACCUCGCCAGGUUCCCCCCCGACGCCGUGCGCCUCCCCGGGGACAUCCUCCGCUGCGCCUCGCUCCAGCGCCUCUUCCUGGGUUUCUUCACGUUCCCCGACACCGCUGGUCUCUCCCGCCGAGCCGACGUCCUGCCCCGCCUCCAGGAACUCAGCAUGUUCACGACCAGCAUCAGCGACGGGGACCUCGACUACAUGCUCGCUUGCAGCCCGGUUCUGGAGAAGCUCGCGUUCGUACUCACCUGUGCACCCGAUUUCAUCCACCUACAGAGCAGAAGCCUCCGGUGCGUGCUCCUCUGGAUUUUCAUGGCAGACGAGGUUGCUGUGGUGGAUGCCCCGCUCCUGGAGCGGCUCUUCUUGCUGGAAGCGCCCCGUGCAGGAGGUGCUGAGAGUACUAUGAUGAUCAAGAUUGCUCAUGCGCCCAACCUGCAGGUGCUCGGCUUCUUGGAGCCAGGAUUUCACCGGCUGCAGAUCGGCGACAAUGUCAUUGAGCCUGGCACAGAGCCGAGCCCAAGCACAGUGCUUCCAAGCGUCAAGAUAUUGGCAUUUAAAGUUAAUUUUGGUGUCAUAGAGGAUGUCAAGAUGCUGGUGACCUACCUCAGAUGCUUUCCCAACGUUGAGACGCUGCACAUCGAGUCUUUAACUGAACCCACUGGAAGGAACAAUGCCAAGUUCUGGCAGGAGCUCCCUACUAUUGAAUGCAUCAAGUCUCACAUCAAGAAGAUGGUUAUCCAUGAAUACAGAGGGAACAAAGUUGAACUUGAAUUCCUUAAGUUCAUUUCCACGAGAGCGCAGGAGCUCCAAGCUUUGUAUGUUCUGCUAAACAGAGAGAGUCUUACUUCGGUGGCCAAGGCGGAUAAGAUGACAAGCAAACUGGUGGCUCUCUCGGGUGUACCAUGGUGCUGUGAUUGUAAGAUGAUGGUGCUAGGCCCUAAAUUUCAGAAUGAAUGGAGCAUCCAGAAAGCAUCUGAUCUUACUGUCGACGACCCUUUCCAUUGGUGAGUUUGUGUCUGGCUAUAUAUUUGCAUGAACCAAAGCGUUUUCUGGGGGAAUCAUUUGCUGUUCUACAUAUGCAAGGGCACUGUUUAGUUUGUAGGCAAGAGUAUGUCUGUUCUUGACAAAGAACAUGAAGACUUGAACUAGAGCACGAGUACGUGGAAGUGUUGAACUGGCUGUGCUAUGCUUCAUUCAGAAUGUACCGUAUUAUGUAAUGCCCUUAUGUUUGUUCCUAGUGUAGUAAAAGACUAGUAUCAGGAUGCCAAACGCUGUGUGCUUUGGUUUGUGCUAUAUAUUUAGGUGUUGCUUCAUAAA